AUGCUGAGCGACGACAUGCCCUCCACUUCAGCCGCGUCUGGCAUUCUGCGCUCCUACGAAGACGAGUGCAAGUACAUUGAGCGCGUGUCGCCCACCCAGUUCCGCAUCAAGAAGGGCUUUGUUCACAACAUGAAGGUCGAUGGCUGCUUUUACGUCAACCAGCAUCUGCAGGAGCUCAUGUUCGACGAGCUCCAGCAGUUCUCAGACAGCCGCGGCGUCGGUGGCUUCCUCCCUGCAGUCAAGCAGAUUGCCAACGUCGCUGCACUGCCAGGCAUUGUUGGGCGUUCCAUUGGCCUGCCAGACAUCCACUCGGGCUACGGGUUUGCGAUCGGCAAUAUGGCUGCUUUCGACAUGAACGACCCGGAGGCUAUCGUCUCGCCAGGUGGCGUCGGAUUUGACAUCAACUGCGGCGUUCGGCUCAUUCGAACAAACCUGACCGAGAAGGAGGUCGGGCCUGUCAAGGAAGAGCUGGCGCAGGCGCUGUUUGAUCACAUUCCAGUCGGCGUUGGUUCAAAGGGUGUGAUUCCGAUGACCAUGCACAACCUGGAGGAGGCUCUUGAAAUGGGCAUGGAUUGGUCGCUUCGAGAGGGCUACGCAUGGGCUGAAGACAAGGAGCAUUGCGAAGAGUACGGUCGCAUGCUGCAGGCCAACCCGGCCAUGGUCAGUCAACGCGCCAAGAAGCGUGGCUUGCCGCAGCUGGGAACGCUCGGUGCUGGCAACCACUACUGCGAAAUCCAGGUUGUGGACGAGAUUUACGAUGCGCACGCCGCCCGCAAGAUGGGUAUCGACCAGAAGGGUCAAGUGUGCAUCAUGGUGCAUUCCGGCUCGCGAGGCCUUGGCCACCAGGUGGCCACCGAUUCGCUCGUUUCGAUGGAGAAGGCUAUGCGCCGUGAUGGCAUCGAGGUCAACGACCGUCAGCUUGCGUGCGCCCGAAUCCAGUCCAAGGAAGGGCAGCACUAUCUCCAGGGCAUGGCCGCAGCCGCCAACUACGCUUGGGUCAACCGCAGCAGCAUGACCUUCCUGACUCGCCAGGCCUUUGCCAAGAUUUUCAACUCGACUCCCGACGAUCUGGACAUGCAUGUCAUUUACGAUGUCUCGCACAACAUUGCCAAGGUCGAAGAGCACAUGGUCGACGUUACUCUACUUGUGCACCGCAAGGGCUCAACCCGCGCGUUCCCUCCCCAUCAUCCGCUCAUUCCGGUUGACUAUCAGCUCAUUGGCCAGCCCGUUUUGAUUGGUGGAACCAUGGGUACUUGCUCGUUCGUCCUGACGGGCACCGAGAAGGGCAUGCUUGAAACGUUUGGUUCGACCUGCCAUGGCGCUGGCCGCGCUCAGUCACGCAACAAGUCUCGACGCACCCUCGACUAUCAAGACGUACUGGAUAGCCUUGCUCAGAAGGGCAUUUCCAUUCGCGUGGCAUCACCCAAGCUCGUGACCGAAGAGGCUCCCGAGUCUUACAAGGAUGUGAUUGACGUCGUGGAGACCUGCCACCAAGCAGGCAUCAGCAAGAAGGCCAUCAAGCUUCGUCCGAUUGCCGUGAUCAAGGGAUGA